AGAGAGGCACACACAGGGGAGCGCACACAUACACACGCAUCCAGACACGUAUCUUAUUGUACAGCGGAACACUGGCCCAUGUGUGAACACAAUCUUUACAACUUAAUUAAGGAGUAAAUAUCCGAAAAUGGAGUGGGAGUUAUGGAUUUAACGCGCAGAGGACUUGAAAUGGGCGGUCUGCUGCUGGUGUUGCUGCUGCUGCUGUGGAGUUGCCUGCUGUCGGCGGUUGACGGCUCACCUCUCCUCCUGUUUGCCAACCGGCGUGACGUACGAUUGGUAGAUGCAGAGGGCGUGCGGGGUGAGUCGACCAUCGUUGUUAGUGACCUCGAGGAUGCAGCAGCGGUGGACUUCCUGUAUUCCGAGGGCCUGAUAUUUUGGACAGAUGUCAGUGAGGAGGCCAUCAAACAGACGCACUGGAAUCAGUCAUCCAACUCACUUAAAGAGGCCGUGGGAACUGGCCAGACAGUGGUAGUGUCAGGGCUGGACAGUCCUGAUGGGCUGGCCUGUGACUGGUUGGGUAGAAAGCUCUACUGGACCGACUCGGAGACCAAUCGGAUUGAAGUAGCCAACCUGGACGGCACCUCCAGGAAGGUCUUGUUUUGGAUGGACUUGGACCAGCCCAGGGCCAUCGCUCUGAACCCCGCCCAACGCUACAUGUACUGGACAGACUGGGGAGAGGAGCCCAGGAUAGAGCGUGCUGGUAUGGACGGCAGCAACAGGAAAGUUAUAGUGGUGGUGGACAUAUACUGGCCCAACGGUCUAACGAUAGAUCUGGUGGAACAGAAGCUGUACUGGGCAGAUGCCAAACUCAGCUUCAUUCACAGAGCUAACCUGGACGGAUCAGCACGUGAAACUGUGGUGGAGGGCACCCUGACCCAUCCUUUUGCUCUAACACUGUCUGAGGACACCUUAUACUGGACCGACUGGCAGACCCGCUCCAUCCAUGCCUGUAACAAACACAGUGGAGACAAAACCAGAGAGAUCCUCAGUGGGAUUUACUCUCCUAUGGACAUCCAGGUCCUGGAGCCCUAUCGGCAGCCUAACAUCCAGACUCCCUGUAGUGACAGUAAUGGAGGCUGUAGUCAUCUCUGCCUGCUCUCUCCAGUGGAGCCUUUCUACAGCUGUGCCUGCCCCACUGGAGUCCAGCUUAAACCAGAUGGAAAGACAUGCAAACCAGGAGCAGAGCAGGUUUUGCUGCUGGCUCGACGGACAGACCUGAGGAGAAUCUCACUGGACCUGCCAGACUUCACUGACAUAGUAUUACAGGUCGAUGACAUUCGCCAUGCCAUAGCUAUAGACUAUGACCCGGUCGAGGGUUACGUCUAUUGGACAGAUGAUGAAGUUCGGGCCAUCCGGCGAUCCCACAUCGAUGGCAGCAAUGCCAUGAUGCUGGUUACCACGGAAAUCAACCACCCAGAUGGCAUUGCUGUGGAUUGGGUGGCCAGAAACUUGUACUGGACAGACACUGGCACUGACCGCAUCGAGGUUACCAGGCUGAAUGGAACCUCUCGGAAAAUAUUAAUUUCUGAAAACCUGGAUGAGCCCAGAGCCAUCGUCCUGGACCCCGUCAAUGGCUACAUGUACUGGACCGACUGGGGCGAGCAUCCCAAGAUCGAGCGGGCACACCUGGAUGGAACGGAGCGGGUGGUUCUGCUCAACAGCUCUCUGGGCUGGCCCAAUGGACUGGCUAUAGAUCACGCUGCAGGAAAGCUAUACUGGGGAGAUGCUAAAACUGACAAGAUAGAGGUGAUCAAUGUGGAUGGCAGUAACAGACAGACUCUGCUGGAGGACAAGCUGCCUCAUAUCUUUGGUUUUACUCUGCUGGGUGAUUACAUCUACUGGACUGACUGGCAGAGACGCAGCAUCGAGAGGGUCCACAAAGCCACGGCUGUACGGGAGAUCAUCAUCGAUCAGCUGCCGGAUUUAAUGGGGCUGAAGGCCACAAAAGUGACAGAGACGUACGGUACAAAUGGCUGUGCGGUGGAUAAUGGCGGAUGCAGCCAUCUGUGUUUCUGGUGUCGGCAGUCUGUCAGCUGUGCCUGUCCAAUGGGGAUGGAGCUUCUGUCAGACCUGCAGACCUGUGUGGUGCCCGAGGCCUUCCUGCUCUUCACCAACAGGGACAAUAUCAGGAGUAUCUCUUUGGGUACCAACAGCAACGAUGUGGCCAUUCCUCUGACAGGAGUUAAAGAGGCCUCCGCUCUGGACUUUGAUGUCUCUGAAAGGAGAAUAUACUGGACAGACAUACAGGCCAAGACAAUCAGCAGAGCAUAUAUGAAUGGCAGCUCUGUAGAACAUGUCAUAGAGUUUGGGCUGGAUUACCCAGAAGGCAUGGCAGUUGACUGGAUGGGUCGUAACAUCUACUGGGCUGAUACAGGCACUAACCGCAUUGAAGUGGCCCGGCUGGACGGCCAGUACCGGCAGGUUCUGGUCUGUAAGGAUCUAGACAACCCGCGCUCACUGGACAACCCUCGGUCACUCGCACUGGACCCAGCCAAUGGCUACAUGUACUGGACCGAGUGGGGGGGUCGACCUCGUAUAGCCCGAGCCUACAUGGACGGCAGCACAAUCACAACCCUGGUGGAUAAAGUGGGCCGGGCCAACGGACUGACCAUUGACUAUGUAGACCAUCGACUCUACUGGACCGACCUGGACACAUGCAUGAUUGAAAGCACCAACAUGCAAGGCCUUCAGAGGGAGAUCAUAGUAGACGACCUGCCUCACCCUUUCGGGCUGACUCAGUACCGGGACUUCAUCUACUGGACAGAUUUUAACCUGCGCAGUAUUGAACGGGCAGACAAACGCAGCGGACUCAACCGCACUGUGGUGCUGCAGGGCCAGCUGGAGCUGAUGCUGGACAUCCUGGUGUUCCACUCCUCCCGUCAGGAGGGUACCAACGAGUGCUCCCAUAACAACGGCAACUGUGCCCAUCUUUGCCUGGCAACGCCUGCUGGUGCCCAGUGCCGCUGUGCCUCCCACUACACUUUGAACGCUGAUGGACGAAACUGUAGCUCUCCUUCUAGUUUCCUGCUCUUCAGUCAGAAGGCCAGUAUCAGUAGGAUGGUGUUGGGAGAGCAGAGUCCUGACAUCAUCCUUCCCAUCCACGUCCUGAGGAACGUCCGAGCGGUCAGCUACGACCCGCUGGACCGGCUGGUCUACUGGCUGGAUGGACGACAGAACAUACGCAGGGCCCGAGACGACGGAGCCAUGUCUUCUAUGAUAGUGAGCAGCAGUGUUCAGCCAGUGGACAACCAGCUUCAUGACCUGAGCCUGGACCCCUACAGCCGCCACAUUUACUGGACCUGUGAGACCACCAACACCAUCAACGUCCAGAGGAUGGACGGACACACUGUGGGCGUGGUCCUGAAGGACGACACUGACAAGCCACGGGCCAUUGUGGUCAACGCUGAGAAAGGGUACAUGUAUUUCACCACAGUGCAGGAUCGUUCAGCUAAGAUCGAAGGAGCCAGUCUGGAUGGGACAGAGAGAGAGUCUUUGUUCACCACCGGGCUCAUCAGACCUGUGGCUCUGGCUCUGGACAAUAAACUGGGAAAACUGUUCUGGGUCGACGCCGACCUCAAACGCAUCGAGAGCAGCGACCUGACAGGAGCCAAUCGAAUCGUCCUCCAGGAUUCCAACAUUCUCCAGCCAAUGGGGCUAACAGUUCUGGGAGAUCAUCUGUAUUGGAUCGACCGGCAACAGCAGAUGAUCGAGAGGGUGGACAAACUGACCGGAGAUGGACGCACACGCAUACAGGGACGGAUCUCAUACCUGACCUCCAUCCACGCUGUGGAAGAGAUGGAUCCCCAGGAGUUUGCAUCCCACCCUUGUUCCCAUGACAACGGGGGCUGUUCUCACAUCUGCAUUGCUAAGGGUGAUGGCACCCCUCGCUGCUCCUGUCCCAUGCACCUGGUGUUACUGCAGGACCUGCUGCACUGUGGAGAGCCUCCCACCUGCUCCACAGAGCAGUUCACCUGCUCCACAGGGGAGAUCGACUGUAUUCCUAUGGCCUGGCGGUGUGACGGCUUCCCUGAAUGUGACGACAGCAGUGAUGAGGAGAACUGCCCCGUCUGCUCAGCCUUCCAGUUCCAGUGUGACAAAGGAGGCUGCAUUGAUGCUCAAAGGCGCUGCGAUGGUGAACCUGACUGUGCUGAUCACUCUGAUGAGCAGGACUGUGAAACCAUCUGCCCUCCUAACCAGUUCCGCUGUGGUGACAACCAGUGCAUCACUAAGAAACAGCAGUGUGACAAUUACUCUGACUGCCCCGACGGGUCAGAUGAGCUCGCCUGUGAGUAUGUGUCUCCCCCCUCCAGUGGCAUCCCUAACACGGGGCCCAACACCAUCGGCCCAGUUAUCGCCAUCAUCCUGCUCGUCUUUGUGAUCGGGGGAGCCUAUUUUGUCUGUCAGCGUGUGGUGUGUCGACGCUACAAGGGCCCCAGUGGAACUUUUCCUCAUGAGUACAUCAGUGGGACGCCCCAUGUGCCCCUCAAUUUCAUCGCCCCCAGCAGCUCGCAGCAUGGCACCUUCCAAGGUAUUUCCUGUGGGAAGUCCAUGAUGAGUUCAGUCAGCCUGAUGGGCAGCAGCAGCAGUGGAGCUCCUCUAUAUGACAGGAACCAUGUGACUGGAGCCUCAUCCAGCAGCUCGUCAUCCACCAAGGGAGCCUUCUACCCUCAGAUCCUGAACCCUCCUCCGUCCCCGGCUACUGACCGCUCUCUCUACAACACAGAGAUCUUCUACUCCUCCAACAGCCCUUCCACCACCAGAUCAUACAGACCCUACCACCCAGUCCGUGGUGCUGCCCCACCUACCACUCCCUGCAGCACCGACGUCUGUGACAGCGACUACACCCCGCACCACCCGCCGGCUGGGCUGGCGUCAUCAGCGGGCCGCUGGAAGGCUUCGGGCCACGGUGGCCACGGCAAACACAACAAGUACUACAUGGACCUUAACUCGGACUCGGACCCCUACCCUCCACCCCCCACCCCCCGCUCCCAGUACCUGUCAGCUGAGGAGAGCUGCCCCCCUUCCCCUUCCACCGAGCGCUCCUACUUUCACUUGUGCCCCCCCCCUCCCUCACCCUGCACCGACUCCUCGUGACCCUCCAACAGCCCAGGAGCCCUGUGAGGAAGGAUGCAGAGAACUGGCCUCGUCUGGCCCACUUUCCCAGGGAAAGAACUCAUGUGCCAACUUCCAGCCCUGACCGGCUCACACUGCUGCUGUCUAUCAGCUGGUUGGGCUCAAGUGCCUUGCUCAAGGUCCCUACGUCCCACAUCGGUCAUUUCAUCAUUCCAGUCAUCUUGGAGCUCUCAGGCUCUCAGGGUGACCAUCAUCUGAUCAGUUAUCUCUUUCUUCCAUGCGUCAUUCACUCAGUCAGGGCAGGUUGAAGGUUCGAGGCCCUCCCUGCCUUGCUGCAGGGCACAAAAAGGAUCUGAUGAGUGAAUACAGCCAGAAGCUCCCUCUGAAAUUUUCAUUCCAUCAAAAGAAAAUAACUUCCUUUGCUGGGUCACUUCUUGAUCACAAAAUGUCAAGCCUGUCCAAACACACAGUAAUCUAACUCCUGGCCUCCCCUCAACUCGUCAUGGAGCUCCCCCCUCAGAGUGUCAGGAGGCGCUGGUGUGCCAGUGUUGUGUGAAAGCUUCUCCUUCCUUGCAGCGUCCUUGUUGGCAGACCAGCGGCAGGACUGUAUAUAGUGUUAAAAUAAUAUGAACACAAAUGAAUCAGAGAGGAAUUAUUUUAAUAUUUUAUUCACGCUGGCUGAUCCACCGCUCCACACAAAACAAAGGACAGAAAGAUGAGUGGAUGCGUGAGUGAGUGAGUGAGUGAGUGAGGGAUGGAUGGAUGGGUGAAUGAUACUUAAGCACAUGUACGGAAUAAGAAAAAGUGGUAGAUGAUGACUGAAUUAAUGUGUGGAAGUCUGAAUGAAUGAAUGAGUGGAUGGAUGGAAUAGGGCCAAGAUCAAAGUGUGAAAUCUUUUGUACAUUGUUUUGAAAUGGCGUCCCUCACAUUUCAGAUUGUGAAUUCUUUGUAGUUGAACAUGGUGGAGCUUUCCCCAAUCAACCAAGUCAGUCCCCUCUUUGUCCCAUGACAUCAAUAACAUACCAAAUGAAUAUCAACAUGUAAAGCUAUUGUACAUACUGUGUGUGUAAUGAAGUCAAUGAUUGAGUUUGUUUUCAUUGUGAAUCUGAACCUCUUCCAGCUGUUUCUUUACCCUCAUCGUCUCGUUUACCAAAAGUAUGUUUGCUGCUAUUGUGUACAUACUAUAUCAAUUACUAUGACUUAUAGUUACACAGGAAGCCCAAAAUUACCACUCUCAUACUGACAGUAGAUCAUGAAGCUAUUUUACAGUUAAUAACAAAUUAUUCUUAUAGCGACUUUUGUUAUUCGUAUUUCUGUUUGUGUGUAGAUCAUUAUGUAUGUUUCUGUUUCGGUCGCCAUGUUUGGUUUGAAGGAGUCUUUUUGGAAAUAGAAAAGUAACAGAAAGAGUUCCAGCUGAGACAUUUAAUUCAGAGCUGUCCCAGGAAUCAACUGAAGGUCUCAGUACGCUUCAGAUGCAUCUUCCCCGAGCUCACCCGAUGGUCUGCCUCCUCCCACACCUCCACACCUGGCCAAUCACGUCAGGGAGCUUGAAAAGGGGUUUUAGAAACUGUCAUACAGUCCAACAAGCACUUGGUUUGAAGCUUACUGAGGCCUUGCAGCUGCUAACCUUCAGUGAACCCUGCUGUGCAGUUUGAAUGCUUUCCCACAUAAGAAACCCAAAGUCUUAAAGAUUAAUACUUUCUGACCUGCCUUUGAUCUUUGCCACGACUUCAGGCCCCGCCCAGUCUGUUUUUAAACUGCAGGUCCAGACGUUGAGUACAAGGCAAUGUCACAACGUCACAUUUUCUCAACUUGCUCUGGAAAUACAAAGCACUACUGUUGCCAUAACAACUAUAGGCUGGGACUAGAAUCGAUCGUCAUAAUAAAGUUACUGUAUAUCAUUUACAAGCUCCAAGUGGUUUAAGUGUAAAGUCUGUCCCAAGAGUUACAAUAUCAACUCUUGGGACACAUUUUAAAUGUGGCCCCACCACCAGUAUGGCUUUAAGAAGGUCCUCUGCAUGUUCUGUCCAAAACAUCACAGCCUCUCUGGGCUUUAGGUUUUCUUCUUUUAAUAUAUGCAGUGGUGCAGCGUGAUUUCAUUUUUAUUGUCCACCUCUGAGGCCUGCUCAGAUAAAAGUUCAGUGAUUCUCUCUAUCGAGCUCUAGCUUAUUAUAUUCAGCAGUGGAGACAAACCGUGUUUUCAAGGUUUAUCCAGCACUUAUUAUUAUUAUUAUUAUUAUUAUUAUUAUUAUUAUUAUUAUUAUAUUAUCAACACCAAGGACCUAGAAACAAAAAGGGGGAAGACAUUUUAAGCACUUAAGAAAAUAAAUCGUAUUAUUUCCCUGGAAAUAAAUGAAGAAGAAGGAGAAUGUGGGCUGUGGAGUUAUCGCUGUAAACACCAACCUCAGUUCUCAGAGAGAUCAUCGACAGAGAACACAGCAAGCUUCCUAUAAGCUGGCCUUGCUGCCAUCUUUGUGUCACAGUAAUGUGUGAUGUCAUUUAAUAGUGUAACGCUUGGACGGGAUAGGAAAACCAGUCAACAGGAAUCAUAGCACCAAUAGGUCGGUUUUUAUAUAUCAAUAUGCAAUUGUAAUUGUAAUUGUAAUUGUAAUUGUAAUGUAAACACGGGGACAAGAGUGAAGAUCCACUCCUGUGUCACCCUCUAGUUCCAAUCCUCAGAGCACCAAGCAGGGGUGAGAGGAAGUGUCUCCUCCAGAGCAGUCUGAUGGCCCUUGUGCCAGGAAGAGUUGAGUCUAGAUGAAGUACAUACAGUCGUUUCCUGAUGGAAAAGUAAAGCAGCUGUUUGGGAGGUGGGGAACUUUUGGAACUUGCAGUAAGCGUGUUGCUGUUGGCUGAUGAGUCCUUCUCCUGCAGGUGACAUUACAGCUGAAGUCUGGUGACUGGCUGGAGAGGGAUUUCUAAGUGUGUCAGUGGGAACUCUUUAAUAUUAAGGGCUUAAGGCCCCGCCCAAACCACUGUGUCAGUAAAACUCCUUAAAACCUGUAUUUGUUGUCUCAGUUAAAAAUGCUUUGUGUAAUUUACAAUUGUGACAUUUUUUGUAUCAAAAGCAUUUUUAUAUAAUAAAGGUUCUAUUUUAA